UUUUACUAGUCUUGCCGUAAUUUUUGUUGUCGUUCCCAGCUAGUGGUUGUUCGGGGCAGUGCUGCAGGUGGUUGAGACCAGCUUCUUACAGUCCGGGUCAGAUCCACUAGCUCUAGGGUUUCUCUUAUUUUGGGCUCUAGGCCUAGCUUUUGUUUUGGGGCUUGGCGUGGAUUGGAUUAAAUGCAAAUUAUCUUUGAAAAAAAAAAAGAAAGAAAAAAGAAGCGCUCGGUCGAUCCGCCCACAGCACAUCCAUAUCGGAGAAGCUUUCCUGCUCAUUCAAUCGCUAAACAGAGGAAAAAGCGCUCGAUAGAUCCGCCCAUCCACAUCGGAGAAGCUUUCCUGCUCAUUCAAUCGCUAAACAGCCUCCUCUUUUUCUUUCUUUCUUUCUUUCCCCCUUUUGCAGUGAUCAAUUUAAAGCGCAUGGACAAUGAUGCAGAGCAAGCAAUGGGGAUAUCCUCAACUGUGCCCGGGAGCUCAGAUGGGUCUAACCCAAAAAGCUCAAGCCUUGUAUCCCGAGUGAAGAAGCUUCUGUUUCGCAAAAUGCUUGUGGGAAUUAAAGAUGGUCGCUUUUUCUUGGGUACCUUCCAUUGCAUUGACAAGCAAGGGAAUAUCAUUCUCCAAGAUGCAGUAGAAUAUCGAAGCACUCGACGUUCUUCUCCUUCUCCAAUGGAACAGCGGUGCCUUGGCCUAAUUCUUAUCCCUUCUUCUUGCAGAACCUCUUGUCAUGUGGAUUGCUCCAUUGAAGAACAAUUGUCACUGUUAAAGUUUCAGGAGUAGGUAGCCGUUUUGGGUUUCCAUAGUAUUCUGCUUCAAUUGGUGCAUCUCCUAGUUAGCUAUUUAUCAAUUAAGCAGAAUUUGCAUGCCUUCUAGAAUUUAGAAAUCGAUUUUUUUUUUUUUAAUCUUUGCUUUGUCACUUUUCUUGUUUACCAUCCUUGUGUAUGCUUGAAUGAAUUGAUGAUGGAAGACCUUCAGUUAUUAAUUGAAUCAGUUCUUAUCUUUUA